UUCUUUUCUUUUCGUGUUUCUACGCCAGCAAGAUGAAAAUUGGCUUGUGCGCAUUCAGCGGGUACAAAAUCUACCCCGGUCAUGGCAAGACCAUGGUCAAGAUCGAUGGCAAGUCGUUCACCUUCCUGGACAAGAAGUGCGAGCGCUCCUACCUGAUGAAGCGCAAUCCCCGCAAGGUUACGUGGACCGUGCUGUACCGCCGGAAGCACCGCAAGGGAAUCGAGGAGGAGGCCUCCAAGAAGCGCACCCGCCGCACCCAGAAGUUCCAGCGCGCCAUCGUCGGUGCCUCGCUGGCCGAGAUUCUGGCCAAGCGUAACAUGAAGCCCGAGGUGCGCAAGGCGCAGCGCGACCAGGCCAUCAAGGUGGCCAAGGAGCAGAAGCGUGCCGUCAAGGCCGCCAAGAAGGCUGCUGCCCCCGCUCCCGCUAAGAAGUCGGCGCCCAAGCAGAAGGCCGCCAAGGUCACGCAGAAGGCUGCUCCCCGCGUCGGAGGCAAGCGGUAAACACCUUUCGCCGGUAGUGAUGUGCUAAAGUUAGUCCAGGAUUUAAGGAACCACUCGUGAAUUGAAAAUUAAACAAACGCCGCGAAUGCGAAUUCGUGGUGACCAAAAAAAAAACUGUCGCGUGUUCUUUCUAUCAAGCUUGGCUUACAGUGUGGAAGCUACACAAGAAAGGAAUAUCAUAUUGUGUACGUCAUGAAUCAUCAACUUAACUUUAACCAUCAGUUUUGACCAGAUGACAGAGUUUUAAAUUGUCAUGUUUAUUAAAAGGCAAAUAUAUACCUUCGAACCAUAGCUGCGGUUUAAGCCUAGACUUUUAUUAUUAUCCGGAAAAUAUAACCAAUUGAAUAUCCGAAGUUAGACUGAGAGUAUAAAAAUCGCAUAAAAAUGUUUGCAGUUGCCAAAAUCCUAUUGAAAAUCCUAAAAUAGCAGAUUAAACCACAACAACUUCACUAUCAGUUAGUUAACUUACGUUUAUUUAUGAACGUAUAAAAAACUAUGUAAAAUGAAUAGGUUGGACAGGAUAAAAAAAUAAUUGAUAAACGAACUGAAGACUUCAGUUUAUAGAAAAAAAGAAACUAACAAUCGUAAUCAGAGACAAAACGAAAUCAAUGGAAUUUGAUCUUACAAUCUAAGAAAAGUCAUUGAAUUAGUGCAACCUAAACUACUAACAGGGAAAACCUCUGCCGAAUCCUAAAUAAACUCAGUGCUGUACUUUUUUAGGCCAAU